AUGAACGGUCAGUUCAGGGAUACGCCGCACUCGACAGCGAGUAGCGCUAGCCAACAAGCUCACGUCGCAGGAGACUCGUCAAGUCAAGAGAAAGCCGCACCCACGAACUCGUUUCUCCCGCAAGAUGAUCGCUCAGUAACCUCCGCCGUCGUGACCACUGCAGCCGCCACUCCGCAAGCGAUACCAGACAACCUUGUGCCAGAUGAAGAAGAAGAAGAGGCAGACGAAGUCGAUGCAGCUAGCAAUCUGGCAGUCGGCCCGCCACGCAGAGCUCUUCCGUCCGAGCUCUACACUCGAAUUGCCCAAGUCGGCGAAGGCACCUAUGGCCAAGUCUUCAAAGCCAAGUCGGAGAGAACAAACGUUCUGGUGGCACUGAAGAAGAUCCGCAUGGAGGCUGAGAAGGAUGGCUUCCCCAUCACUGCAAUGCGAGAAAUCAAGCUGCUGCAGAUUCUGAAGCACCAGAAUGUCGUGCGGUUGCAUGAGAUUAUGACUGCUCGAGGAUCUGUGUACAUGGUAUUUGAGUAUAUGGAGCACGAUCUGAACGGAGUGCUCAAUCACCCGAAGGUCCACUUCACCCCGGCUCACCUCAAGUCUCUCGCUUCACAGCUCCUCGAAGGUCUGGGCUACCUCCACCACAAGGCUGUCCUGCAUCGCGAUCUCAAGGGAUCGAAUGUACUUCUGAAUAAUGCUGGCCUUCUCAAGCUAGCCGACUUUGGUCUUGCCCGACUUUACGCCAAGGGUCGCACGGGGGACUACACCAACCGCGUCGUCACACUGUGGUAUCGCCCUCCCGAAUUGCUCCUCGGAGCGACGCAGUACGGCGCAGAGGUAGACAUGUGGGGAGCAGGCUGUAUCUUCCUCGAGCUCUUCAACAGAAGGCCCAUCUUUCAGGGCACAGAUGAGAUCUCUCAGCUACAGGUUAUCUCGGACUUGGUAGGUCCACUGACUGAGGAGAGGUGGAAGGGGAUGGAGAGCUUGCCGUGGUGGGAAUUGGUGAGGCCUCAUGAGCCGCAAGAGACCGUCCAAGAUGCGGCGGAGGCCCAAGAGACACAGGACCAGCAACAUUCAAGGAGACGUCUCUCGCUCUUUGAGACGACCCUCACACCGGGAGCACUGAAGCUAGCUGAAGCGCUCCUCACUCUAGAUCCGCGCAAGAGAGUUAGCGCCGCCGAAGCGCUGCAAAUGGACUACUUUGUCAAGGAGAAGCCCAAGGCGCGUCUCCCAUCGAGUGUACUGUCUAGUCUAAAGGGAGAGUGGCACGAGCUGGAAAGCAAACGAGCACGGCAGAAGGGAAGGGCCUAG